AUGAAUCUUGAUUAAUAUUAAUCUACAGAAGAUGAUUGGCCUCAAUAAUCUUGGAAUGAAAAUGAAUUCUUUGAUAUUUCAUCGUCUCCAAUACAGUUUGGUCGUUAGACUCACAAGAAUAAAUAUGAAAAUGACAUAAACAAUCAAGAUUUUUAUAGUUACAAUUAAUAGAUCGAAUAGCCUUCAGGGGGUUAGGAUUUUAAUCAAAUUUCUAUCAAUUCUUUGAUUCCUCUAAGAAAAAAUAAGAUUAGAAAGAAUUAGAAAAUUAAAAAUAAAGCAAUUAAAAAAUUAUAUAAAGACAUAUUUUCAAGUAUUAUUUAAAACACAAAUUCAAAAUAAGAAGUCCUUGAAAAACUAUAAUAAUGUUAAAAUAUGAAAGUUAUGAUUGAUGGAUUGGAAAAAUCUUUAAUGAAAAUUAAAUAUAUGCUUCUUUUUUACAGCUAAAAAUAAUGA